UUUGCAGUAUGGCCCACCUCUCGUGGGUAAGAAUUUCAAAUGCCACACAAGAUCCCGAAACGCGGUGUUCUGUAGCCCAAGAUCAGAUUGUUAAGGUGGUCCGUGAGGAGGGGGAUUGGUGUCACAUUCAAACCAUCGAAGGGGUUUCCGGUCGGGUUCCCAGAGUUCUUACAUUGCCCAUCGUCGACCCGAAAAGACAACCUGACGAGCAGGUGUAUUGCUCAAUUGAAGCUUACACCUCUAUCCGCUCCGAUGAUCUCUCAUUUGCAGAAUUUUCAAUCUUUGUAGCAAAACCGUCGCGUUCAAAUCCUGGUUAUCUGGACGGAUUCCUGGUGAAUGACAACGCUGUUCAAAUAGGACGCCGUGGAUUGUUACCGGAGGCACAUUUGGUCAAUUUGCAUGUUUCUGCUGAAAGUCCGAUGAAGCCGUCAUUCACCACGGAUUUCAGUGAGGCUGAUGUCCGAUUUCGGACGCCUGCCACUGCUCCGAAAGCGGCAACUUCGAAUUAUGCAGUGUCGCCGUACGCUAGAGCUGUUUAUGAUUUUCAAGGCGAAUUUGAAAACGAGCUCUCUUUCUCUGCCGACGAAAUCAUCAGCUUACGUCGUCGAAUCGAUGCAGAAUGGCUUGAAGGAUCGAUAGGAUCUGCUCGUGUCGGAAUAUUCCCCACUUCUUUCGUUCAAAUCAUCGUUGAUCUACCUGACGAUGACACUACAUCGCUUCAAAAUAACCGACGAAGCACGACCACCGAGAAUGAUGGAAUCGGAUUUGCGAAUGUUCGGCACGCGUUUUCCGGUCGUCAAGGAGAUGAGCUGACUGUGAAUGCUGGAGACACUGUUCGAGUACUACGAAUGGUCAAUGAUGAAUGGGUUAUGUGCAAGGAUCCAGAUACAGAGAAGACUGGAAUUGUACCUGUAGGAUUUUUAGAAGUUUAUCUGGAUGAAGAAGAUGACGAUAAUCAAUCUUCAAAUGCUAUGAGGCGUGGAACUGGAGGGACCAGCGAUUUUACGUUUGGUAGCUCCAACAAUCGUUCCUCCUUCAUCUCAAAUGCUGAAUCCUCAUCCGAUUGGAGACCACCCGCUGGAAGAACAAACACCGAUUGGGCAACCUUUGAAGCAGUUCCACCGGCAGCGCCUGCAUCAAAACCUGCCCAAAAUUGGGCAACCUUCGGCGAAGAAUGGAUUGCUCCAGUUCAGCUAGCAAAGACUUCAGCUCCAGCCCGACCACCACCUCCUAAGCAAAGUUCUAUUCAAUCACCUAUCAAUGAUAUUGGCAACGUGGCUGACAUGUUUGGAAUGACAGAUACUCCAAAACCAAGUAACCCUGCGAUCCAGUCUGCUGGCAGUGACUUCGAAAUUGGACUGAUUUCCGCCACCGAAGGAGCAUCAAAUGAUGAGGAUAAACGAUGCAGAAUCAUUGAGGAGUUGAUAAGCUCGGAACUACAGUUCAUCAGUGAUAUUAAUUCCUAUACAGAGGCUGUAGACGGAACUCCUCUCCUGAAUCAAAAGCAAAAGGUUAUUCUGAAAAAUGGAUGUGCUCAAAUUGUACAGCUCUCGGCUAAUCUUGUCCAACUUCUCACCAAUGAGCAGAUCAAACCACAAGAUGCUCAACUAAUCGGUGCAUGCUUCCUACAACUUCGAAAACCAUUUGCUCAAACUUAUGGUUUUUACUUUAGAAAUAUCGAGCAUAUCAAUGCUCUUACCAACUCGGCGAAACAUGAGAAAACUAUGGAAUCAGCACUUCAGGAUAUUGUUAAACGUAUGCGAGAAAGUGGAUCCGUUGUUAUUGACGGACCAACUGCCGUUUCGAGACCCAUCCAAAGAGCCACCAAAUAUCCGCUUUUCCUGAAUGAAAUUGUCAAGCUCACCCCACUUGUUCACACAGAUCAUCCAAAAUUGACAGAAGCCAUCAAGCAAAUGUCGAAUCUUGGGCAGAAAAUGAACGAGUCGAAGAGAAGGAAAGAGCUCACUCAAAAAUACAUGUCCGACGACAAGCAAACAUUCGGAGAAAUGCUUUCCAAAAUGACAUUCCAUUCGUUGAAAAAGAAAUCGAAUCGGUUUACGUAUCGAAUGGGAUCAUCACUGGGUGUUGUCAAAUUGCUCCGAGAUACCGAUUUUGACCGCCUUGUAUGUGAGCUGGACAGCGCAGAACGUCGUCUGGUUCGAUUCAAUUAUAUGAUGGUUAUUUAUCGAAAAAAGAUGUUCCAUGAGACUAGAGUAUUGAUGCAUAAAAAAGUUGUCGAACCUCGAAAAAAGCAUCUCUCAAGCAGUGAAAUCGAUCUUCAACUGCAACCAUUCAACCAUGCAAUCAAAACAUGGGCCAGUGAGGCAAAUGUACGGAUACGUGAUGAAAUUGUGAAGGCGUUGAGGAGUAUUCCAAAGAGACUUAUAAAGAAGAGAAAUGAUAAAUUAAUGGAUUAUGAAGCGUCGAGAACAAAGGAGAAGGGUCUUGGGAAACGAGACUUUGCGGAAAUCCAAAAAGACUAUGAAGCCUUGAACACCCAAGUGAAGCAGCAACUUCCAAAAGUUACCGAAUAUUUGACUACUGUCCUUGCCACUUCAAUGAGAACAGUGUCAGAGCAGGACAAGGCGCUGAUGGAAACCCUUCGAAAGCUCUUCAACGACGCAAAAUCGAAGGCGGCAGAAGAUCAAUCAAAAGCUGCACGAUCACUCAUCAUUCCCACAACAAUCUGUUUUGUUGAUUAUUAUGAUCAGGAUCGUAUGAAGCCGUUGCAAAAGAUUGCGAAUAAGGCCAUCCAAAACAUGAAGCAACGUGCUCGUUCUGUGUCUCCAAAAGGCUCAAAACCUGGAACAUCAUCAUCGUCCACCACUGUCACUGAAUCACCUUGGGCAACUGCUCCGACAUUUAUUCCGCCUGCCGCAACUGAAAUCUUACCCACUAUCACCGAGGGAUCAACUUCAACGCACAAGUUCCGAAAUCAAAAUGCAACAGAACGCAACACGAUUCUUGAGAAAGCCACGGCGAAAGGACGACUUGGUGAUAUUUUCGUGGCAACUUCACAUUACCCACAGGAUUCUGGAAUGUUGAAAAUUGCGUUAGCUGAAGGAAAAUUGCUGAUCGUCAAGCAGAAUGACCUGGUUUUGGCUGUAAAUCGAGAAGUGCCCAGCAUGUGGCUUUGCUAUAACGGGUACUAUAAUGCUAUGCUGCCAAGUAGCAUUUUGAAACCGUACACUUCAAUUGAAAAAGGUGUUGAUGUGGCAAAGUCCGCUCAAUUCACGGGACAAACUGCUCAAGUCGUUGCUCCGCAGGCCCCAGUUCAAAACCAAAACGCCCCGAAGAGUCAAAACUUGAUAGAUUUGGAAGAUCUUUUCGGUGGACCACCCCAGCCAGCUGCAGCAGCUCAUCCAACAUCUUUGGCUUUUGCUCCAGCUCAGCAGCAGCAGAACUUUGCCACAUUUGAUUUCACUUCAUCACCACUACAGCCAACAUCAUUAGUACCUCAAGCACCUGCACAGAAUGCUCAGUUCGAUUGGAACAUGGCUGCCAAAACGCUUCCGUUGGCACCAGCUCCACCAAUGCAGGUUUCACAGCAGGCUCCACAGCAGCAGCAGCAGGUUCAAGAAGGAGCAGGUGGAGCCAAUUACAAUCUGGAUCUUGACAAUCUGUUCUCUGGACUCUCCACCAUUGAUUGGGGAGCAAAGACUUCAACAGCUCCACCACCACUCUACAGUAAUACUCCAUUGGAUACUGCUACAUCUCCGCCAGUUUCUGCAUUCCGUGGAGUUGACUUCCAAACCGGUGUAUUCAAUCCGAAUUCUCUUCCCGAUGAAGCUCCUCCACCGCUUCCGGUGAUUGUAAACCCAACGCGGGAUGAUCCAUUUUCCACUAAUUUCGUUCCAAAUUUUGCUGCAGCAGCUCCAGCGACAUCUCCAUUCGGAACCGCCAGCAAUUCAUCUGUUCAGUUUCCUGUCAGUUUUGAUGAAGCUCCAUCCUCUAUGGGAAGUCUUGGAUUACCGACAGGAAGUAUGAAUCAGAAGCGAAGUGCUUCCGCCGCAGCUCAGCCUACGAAUGUGUGGCCGACAACGUCUAUGAUGUCUAGAAGUGACUCGCCGCAGCCGCUAAUUCCAUCUCGCCCUGAGCCGGCUGUCAAAAAUGUGUACCCGAGCUUGAAUGAUGGCUCUGCAAGGGCUCCCACAUUUGCUACAACAUUCCCGUCACAAGCCAACCAAUCUUUGCCAAUGUACUCAGCAGUGCCAAAUGAUACGAUGAGUAUGAACUAUGCGAUGCCACCAAUGUAUGAUACAACUCCGCAGUCUCCACGAGUUCAACUGCAGCAACAACACCAGCCAGCCGCGUAUGACACUCCUCCAACAAUUGCACCAAUUUAUGAUCAACUUCCAAACGAGUCUCCGGCGUCGACAGCGAUUCGUCCAGUGCUGUGCCAAGUAAAAGUCGACUACGACUUCCUUCCACAAGGAUCCAAUCAAGUCGAAGUGAAAGAAGGAGAAGUAAUUGGGGUCUUGCAACGAACAGACGAUGAUGGAAACCCAGAAUGGCUACUCAUCAAAAGAGACAGCGGAAAAGUCGGAUAUGUACCGGCGGCAUAUUGUAGACCUGUUUAAUUUAUAUGUGAAAAUUAAUUUUAAAUCUCUAUCAUAAAAUGUUCCAGAUUAUGUAAUCGCCUCACAUUUUCCUUUGUUAUCUAUAAUUAUUCUUACUAUCUUUUGAAUAUUGCCAAGUUUUAUCCCGAUACAUUUCUAAAGAACCUAGUCGUAAUAGGCCAAAAUUUUAUCAUUUUCUGAAUCAAGCCGCCCAUCUUUUUAUGAAAUUUUCCCCCCAUUUCUGAUCAACCCGGGUUCUCACUUUGGUGCUCAUAUUCAGAAACUUAAGUACAUUUUAUUGUUUUAAGAUGUUUUCCCGUUCCAGAAAUUCCCAGUUUAGUACACAUAUUUCUUCUCGAUAUUUACUUAUUGCAUGUUUUCAGUUAUAUAUCUCCUUUGGCCCUUUUUCUCUUUUCUUUGUGUGCAGAUUGUGAAGAACUUUAUUUAUUUUUGUUUAAUUUCUUUCGAACUUUUCAGAAAAAUUUAAAUAUGAAAUUUUUAAUUUUGAUC